CGGGGGCGGCGGCCUGAGGGAACGAUGCGGGCGGCGCGGCCAUGCAGUGGCGGUCGCUGCUGCUGGGGCUGCUGCUGCUGAGGCUGGGGCUGCAGGCGCUGCUGGCGCUGCUCCCCGCGCUGGCUCCGGGCUUCUGCCUGCGGCUGCGCUUCCCGUUCCCGCCGCCCGCCGCCCUCGGGCCGCCCGGCGGCUCCCGGCACUGGGGCUCGCUGCGCGGGCCGGGCGGGCCGGCGGGCGAUGAGUACGAGCGGCGGUACAGCGGGGCCUUCCCGCCGCAGCUGCGCGCCCGGCUGCGCGAUGCCGCCCGCGGCAUGUUCGUUUUCGGCUACGACAGCUACAUGCAGCACGCCUUCCCCCGCGACGAGCUCGACCCUCUCCACUGCCGGGGCCGCGGCCCCGACCGCCGCGACCCCUCCAACCUCAACAUCAACGACGUGCUGGGAAACUACUCGCUGACGCUGAUCGACGCGCUGGACACGCUGGCGGUAAUGGGAAACUCCUCGGAAUUCCAGAAAGCAGUGAAGUUGGUGAUUGACACAGUUUCAUUUGAUAAAGACUCAACGGUCCAAGUUUUUGAGGCGACAAUCAGGGUUUUGGGAAGCCUGCUUUCUGCCCACAUCAUAAUAACAGACAGCAAACAGCCUUUUGGUGAUAUGACCAUUAAGGAUUAUGAUAAUGAGCUGUUGCACAUGGCUCAUGACCUGGCAGUGAGACUACUUCCAGCCUUUGAGAACACCAAAACUGGAAUUCCAUAUCCUCGGGUCAAUCUGAAGACGGGGGUUCCUCCAGACAGCCACAAUGAAACCUGCACUGCAGGAGCUGGUUCCUUGCUGGUGGAGUUUGGUAUCCUCAGCAGGCUGCUCGGAGAUUCCACCUUCGAGUGGGUGGCCAGGAGAGCUGUCAAAGCACUCUGGAGUCUCAGGAGCAACAACACUGGACUGCUAGGAAAUGUUGUGAAUAUUCACACUGGCCACUGGGUUGGAAAGCAAAGUGGCUUGGGAGCAGGGUCGGAUUCAUUCUAUGAAUACCUUCUGAAGUCUUACAUCCUCUUUGGAGAAAAGGAAGAUUUGGAGAUGUUCAACAACGCUUAUCGGAACAUUCAGAACCACUUAAGAAGAGGCCGAGAAGCUUGCAAUGAAGGUGAAGGUGACCCUCCUUUGUAUGUUAAUGUAAACAUGUUCACAGGACAGCUGAUGAACACAUGGAUUGACUCUUUGCAAGCCUUUUUUCCUGGACUUCAGGUGUUGAUAGGAGAUGUGGAAGAUGCUAUUUGUCUCCAUGCUUUUUACUAUGCCAUAUGGAAACGAUACGGAGCCCUCCCAGAAAGGUACAACUGGCAAUUGCAAGCUCCAGAUGUGCCCUUUUACCCACUGAGGCCAGAGCUUGUGGAGUCCACAUACCUUCUUUAUCAGGCCACAAAGAACCCUUUUUACCUCCAUGUUGGAAUGGAUAUUCUACAGAGUUUGGAAAAAUAUACAAAAGCCAAGUGUGGCUAUGCUACCUUACACCAUGUUGUAGAGAAGACAAAGGAAGAUCGAAUGGAGAGCUUUUUUCUUAGUGAAACAUGUAAAUAUUUGUACCUGCUGUUUGAUGAAGAAAAUCCACUGCAUAAAUCUGGAAAUAAGUAUAUGUUUACUACUGAGGGACACAUUGUGUCUGUGGAUGAACGUUUUCGGAACUCACUGUGGCAAGACAUCCUCCCUGGAGAAGAAGACAGCACAGAAAAAAUUAAACCUAACGAGUUAAAGGCUGGCAACUUCAGUUCUAAUUGCAACAGAGUUCCUGAUGAGAGGAGGUACUUGCUGCCACUGAAGAGUAACUACAUGAGACAGAUCGAUCGAAUGGUGGGCUUGAUCUGAAUGGUUCUUCAGAGUAACUUAUUGUAUGUCAGGAGGAGCACGGGAUCUGCCUGUAGACAUUCCUCUCCUCUUCAGCUACACACCUGCACAUGCUGAGUCACUUGGGUAUCCCCCAUGCUUGUUGGUUUUCAGUUAUGGACAUGAAGGGAGAUUAGGCUGUCCUCCAAGUUCUGUCUUCCAGGCUGUGGUUUCUCCAUGUGCCACCUGAAUAGAGAUUUUUUUCUUUCAAGACCUCCUAUAAAAAAUGUUGUUGCAAAUGAAGGCUGAGUAUACUUCAGAAAAAAAGAAAAUCAAAUGGGCAUGUGCCACUUAGCUACCUCUUUGUAGCUGUAUUACAAAUGUCCCUUUAGAAAAGGGUCUAGUAUUUAAUUUGAAAUGACCUUGGGAUUUGGGAAGGAAUGGGAAAGUGCAAUUUCUUACACCAGGUUUAAUCAUUGAAUUAUUCUGACUAGCAAUACAGAACCUUAAGUUCUUCUCAGGUAGGAACCCACUGGUAAUGGGUUUUGCUGACACAAAAUCUGUGUAUCUAGAACAGUAUCUUGUGAAGGUAAGAUAACCGAUCAUACAAGAAGCUCUCAGUAUAGUCAUGACACCCCUCAUAUACACAGCUGUAUAGAACUGCAUGGUUGCAAGAGCCUGUGGAUACAAAACCAAUAAUAAAACAAAUAGGUGCCUUUUUUUGUAGGGAAUUGGGGGGAGGGAGAGAAGGGGAAAUUGCAAAGCCACUCAGCUGUCCAAACAGCUAACUUUAUGCAGCUUAGCUGAGCAGAAGUUCCAAAAGCUCCAUUGUUUGCCAUGUAUCUAGUGCCUUUUCAGGAGAGAUGUUGCUAAGAACUGGUAUAACAGUACAUGAAGAACAAACUUAUUUCACAUUCCUGACAGCAUUAAUGUGUUAGUGCCUUAAGCUUUCUUCACUAGCAGGAAAAACUCAGCUUGCUUGGGAAGGUCAAUAAAGUAUUUCUCAUCAGCUAGUUCCAAAAUCCAGUGGAUCCCAAAGUAAUGUAAAUGUAAUUUAUAUAUGAGAUAGCUUUUUUUAAAAAAAACAAACAAACAAAAAAUCACACAAAAAGAUACUGGAAGAAUAUCAGCUGCUGUGCCCUUCCCAAAGAAGCCUGGUGGGCUGGAUUUAUUCUCAGUGUCAGUAAUGGGGCUGGUGCCUCUGCACCAGACUGGGGAUGGAGUCAGUGAGAGGUCUGAGCCAGGAGCCAGUUGGUGCUGACUGUGGGGCUGUGCUGUACCUCGACUGCUCCUCCUGCUUCCAGUGAGGAAUGGUGGGAAAAUGCUGUUGCUUCAUCCCACCAUCUUGAAAUGCAGCUCAGAUACAUUUGAGGAAUAACUGUCUAUGACCUUUAAGGGAGUAAACAGUUACAUUCAGGCAGGGCUGUUGAGAGAUGGAAACAAACUGAGGCCAAAACAACUUGCUCUAAUUAGAACAGGUUGUAGGGUUUUUUCAGUGGCUCCCCAUUGCUUACAUGCUUUUUACUUUUGACUACAAUUGAAGUAGUUGAAUGUUACUGUUAGGUUAAUUGUUUUUAAAUUAAGGCUUAAAUAUAAGGGCAAACUUGAUCUGCUGUAUUUUCUCCUUUUUAUAACUGCAUUGGUUUUCAUAAACCAUGUGUUGCAAUGCAGAACAUUUCUAAUAAAUAUAAAGUUAGUGCUGAAGAGGUUAUUGUUUGUAUCUUCUAGCAUACAGAUGCAUCUCAGGGACUUCAUUGUAGAAUCUUCUGUUCCAUGGUGGGUGAAUCUUGUAUUCAGGCAAAAAAAAAAAAUCUGAGUUUUAUUGUGUGUGUUUUAAGGGGGGAGGAGGAGAUAUGUUAAGAUUUCCCAAACCAUGGCAAUAGAAUCUGUUGCCUUGAUAUUGAGGCAGCUGGCAAUUUCAGCCCCUGUAGAAUUGGCUUUGCAAACCUAUUACUGGAAUGUCUUUGUUGUCUGUUCCAAAGCAAAACAUAAAUUGAAGGUGUAACAAUCCAAAGAGGUACUGGGAGAGGUCCAAGGUACAGCUUCUUAAGCAGUGGGUGUUGCCUGGGCAUGCAGCUGUGCUUCAGUCUGUAACCAUGCACAGAAGGGCAGGAGGAUGUACUAGGGGAGGCUUCCUGCCAGCUGUGGGAGGCAGAAAGCAAAGAUGUCUGAGCUUUGUGAAGUGCUGCAUCUGGGCCAGGGCUGCUGAUUGCAGCUCUGUAGUGAGAGAUGCUGGGCAGCAGGGAGGGGGAAGCCAAGCUGCACAUUCCACAACACAGCCUGUGCCAGGGUGUCUUUGCCCUGGGUGUACUGGUGGCUGCUUCUGGUAGUAGCUUUUCCCUGGCUGGCAGUUUGGCUCUUUGGAUGUGCAUUAUAUACCUUGCAGUUGCCUCAGUGUUUUGUGCCUUCUGAAGCACCUGAACCCUGCUAAGGGUUCCAACCCAGUGUUAUGCACAGAAAUCUGUUCCAGGGUAUUCCUCAGAGAAUCAAACAACUGUAAUGAAGUUGCACAACGGUUCUGCCACCAUGUGUUUUUCCCUCUGGUGUAUGGCCAGAAGCAGAGUGAGAGGUAGCUGCAGAAUGGGAACAGUGUGGGCAGGUAUUGCAGCCCUCAGUGACUUGCACCCUUAAUGACAGUGCCAAAUACUGUAUGGUCAGCUUCUCGUUAGCAGCAGCAUUGGAGUUUGUGUUGGUAAGGUGAUCUGACAGGCAUCUGUCCGUAGGAAUGGGUUUUAUCUACCAGGAGACUGGUGCUGGCUGCGUGGCAGAAGGCUUUGUGUUCUUGAAGGAGCCAAUUUUUCUUCCUCUUUGUUUUAAAAAUGCUUUGAUACAUUUUUAUUCUGUAAUGACAGGGCACAUGUUAUGGACUAAACUGAAAACUUUUGUAUUAGUCAAUGAUAUCAAGAUGAAAUUGAUAACACUGCUGGAAUAACUUGCUGAAACAGACUUUUGUAUUUCUUGGUAUAAUGUGCAAUAUCCAUUUUUCCUAAUUAAAAAUGCUUGAUUGUUGUUUUUCCAUGAAGUAUUUAAUUGAUAAUGGGAAAUUUUUAAGAGGACCAAAUGCUCUUUCGUGAAAUGUCCUAAAUUUUCAAAACUGAGCUUAAACUUUACAAAUCUGCAUUAAAAAAUGGUGUAUUUGACCA